AAGAAUAUUUUUAGCGGACUGAGCAAGCCAGUCCGAUUGGCUCGGAUAUCAAGGGGCGGGGAUGUGUGUGAUUCGUUUGUUUGUUAUGGGAUGCAGAAAGGAAAUGUCCAAAGUAGUGGUAUGAGGUGAGCUGUUUUUGCACAGUUGGACAAUAUUAAAACGAUUAACCACAUAAAUAAUACAGCGGGAAGUGUCUCGCUUCAUUUAUAAUCAGGGCGUAAACACAAAAUCCCCUACAAUAGAGCCACCUGACCAUGUUUGUGCGAACUAGCCUGCUAGCUCGUUUUGUAUUACGGCAAUAGAAUACUGCAGGGCGUAACCUUAUUUUUUAUUUUUUUUUGUAUUUAGAAACAAAUCGGUUAUAUUUACACAUGAUCUAUAAGGCGUUCUUGGUCUAGGUGAAAUGAUUUGGUUUGUAGAUAAUCUUUGUAUACUGUAUGUAUGUCGCAGUAAGCACUAUUACCAGAUUAACUGCAUAGUACUGUACAUUAGUUCACAUUAGAGGUGGGUGAUAUAGCAGAAAUGCUGUGUUACAACUGUUGCAAUACAUCAUUUUGUGUCUUGUAUCAGCAGAGAAUCGACUUUAAUGUUAUUUACGUUUAACUUCCACGUACUGUAUGUGUAUUAAACGAUUUAACCUCCAAUCAGCCUCGUGUUACUGUGAGGCGGAAUGGAACCGGUGUUUCUGCGCAUGCGCGGUUAAGUUUUACACGCACAUUAAAUUCACACUUCUUUAUUUAUUGCAUGCUGGAUUGUUUGUUUGUUUGUUUUUGUUUUCUUCUUCUUCUGAUCACGAGAUCAUAUUAAAUACCAAAAAUAUGCUACCUCUAGUUUUUAUUGACAUUUUCAAAGAAGAAAUUUCUCAUUUUCACAUUUGUGGUGGCUUGGCUAAGGUCUCGGGGUUACUGAUAUAGGGGGUCGGGGGUUAAAGCCCCAGCCCUGCCAAGCUGCCACUGUUGGGCCCUUAACCCUCUCUGCUCCAGGGGCGCUGUAUAAUGACUGACCCUGCGCUCUAGCCCCAGCUUCCUAACAUGCUGGAGUAUGCAAAGAAAAGAAUUUCACUGUGCAUAUGUAUAUGUGAUCAAUGAAGACUCAUUAUCAUUAUAUUUGUGGGCUACUGUUUUAUGAAGACCUACAGUAUAAAAGCACAUCAUGGUUGGACAGUUUGAUAAGAUGCUUGGGCAAGGUUAACGUCUAGCUAGUCACUAAGUGAUGGCUCCAGCAGGCAAGCGCGCCCUCCGUAGAGAGGAGUUUGUGCUCGAGCUAGCUUGUGAGUGGGGCUCGUGCCAGGAGACGUUCGGUGGGAUGGAGGAGUUCUGUCAGCAUGUGGAAACUCAUUACCAAGACCUCGCUGCAGAGAGCGAGGACCCGGAUAUACCAGAGGACGUGCACAGCUGCCUGUGGCAGGACUGUGGCUUCUGCUCAGUGGAGUCUGAUGGGGAGAUGCUGAGGCACAUGCUCUUUCACUGCUACCACGCCAAGUUGAAGCAAUGGGGGUUGGCUAUGCUCAAGGCUCAUCCGGACAUGGGUGACUGUUCAGUGGGUCUCCAGAACCGCAACAUCGUGCCUGAGGUCCAGGAGAGCUUCCUCUGCCUGUGGGAGCAUUGUGAUACAAACAUGGAUAACCCCGAGUGGUUCUACAGGCACGUGGAGAUGCAUGCACAUUGCCUACAAGUCAAUAAGGAGAACAUUCUGUUCUGUGGCUGGAAAGAUUGCGAGGCCUCGUUUAAGGGCCGGUUUAAAUUGCGGGAGCACAUGCGGAGUCACACUCAGGAGAAGCUGGUGGCGUGUCCAACCUGCGGUGGAAUGUUUGCCAACAACACCAAGUUCUUCGACCACAUCCGACGACAGAUCUCCAUAGAGGGACAAAGGUUUCAGUGCUCUCACUGCUCAAAGCGCUUUGCCACUGAGAGGCUGCUGAGAGACCACAUGAGGAAUCAUGUAAACCAUUAUAAGUGUCCGCUGUGUGACAUGACAUGCCCCUCGCCAUCCUCUUUGAGGAACCACAUCAAAUUUCGCCACAGCAACGAGAAACCUUACAGCUGUGACUACUGCGAGUACAGCUGUAAGAACUUGAUAGAUUUGCGAAAGCAUCUGGAAACGCACAGCAGCGAACCAGCCUAUCACUGUGACUUUGCUGAUUGUGACUACUCCACCCGCUCCAUGCACUCUAUCAAAAACCACUACAAACGUGUACAUGAGGGAGAUUACACUCCACGGUAUAAGUGUCAUGUGUGUGAGCAGUGUUUCACUAGAGGGAAUAACCUCACUGCACACCUACGCAAGAAACACCAGUUCAAAUGGCCUUCAGGGCAUCCCAGGUUCAGAUAUAAGGAGCAUGAGGACGGCUUCAUGCGGCUGCAGCUGAUCCGCUACGAAAGCGUAGAGUUGACUGAGCAGCUGAUGCAGGAGCGACAGGGCGAUGGAGACAGCAGUGAAUCUGUUCCUCAAACAGAGUCAGGGGAAACUGAGCUCCCUGUAACCGCAGAUGAGAACACCAAAGUGGUCACAAGAAGGGAUCGAGAAAGAGACUGCAGAAUGCAAGAAGUUCGAGAGAAUGUGUUGCCGGACCUCACAAGUGGCGCUUCUUCCUCAGAGGUGGAUUCGAAUAGGGAAGAGUCUGUGAUGCGACAGUUACAGGACACCGCUCAGAAGCUGGGCAUGGAGGUGGUCUAACCCCACCCCUCCCACACACACACACACACACACACACACACACACACACACACACCCCGGCCCCAAAUGAAAUGAAACGAAGUCCAUUAAAUAGAAAGAACUUAGUCAAAAGCACAGGUCCAUUGCUUAUGUCUUAUGCACUAGUAGAACAAAUUGAGUGGAUUUCUUAG